CUCAUACUACUCCCCCUUUGCGUGGGUUCGAUCCCCUGUCGUAGCGCCCUGGUGGGUAAAGCAGCUCCUUCCUGAUUAGGUAACCUAAGCGAAAUACAAACCAACGACCGCUGCACUAUACUACCUACUCUCCCUUUGUCUCUUCCUCGCCUCCCCGGGUAUUCUGACGGGAAAUCUUGCCAAAAGGCCGCCGAUGCGCUUGCAAGGCACUACUUCCAGGGUAUGCUGGAUGGAUCACACCUCGACGACCUCUAUAAGCUGGCCAAGCUGGCCGAGUCGGACGAGUCCGAUUCCUCCGGCAUCUAUAACCAGUCGGCCGGGUUCCAGGCCGUGGUUCUCGCUCGGAACGGCAAGAGAGAGCAGGCGAGGGCCGUACUAGCGCGGCGGGUGGAAUUGUCGCUGCAAAUACUAUCGGAUGAUGUAGCCGACAACGAUGCCUUGGGGUUCUCUAUCCCUCACAAGAUGCUGGAGCUGUACCAAGAUUUCCAGAAUGCGGCCAUUGCUCUAUCUCUCCUGGUGCGACCUGAUCUGGCGACGAGCGCCCUGGACUUCGAAGCCGACAAAUGUAGCUGACGGCGAUGACAAGCAAUGAGUGUUGGACAUGGUCCGCAAUCUGGCCAAGGACACAGUUCAGGCAGCCAAAACCCAGGUUCCGGAUGCCAGACAACAGGUCCAACGCAUUAAAGCUGCCCGUGCGUAUGCUGAGACGCUGACAAAACCGGAGAGCCACGACACAGACAAGAAAACUCACACCCCCACUGUCAACCUUGAUGAGUUGGGCUUUACUUGGUACUGCGACGGCCGCACGGCGGAUGGCGUGGGCUGCAACAACGGGGCCGGUUUUGAGAAUGAGCUCUAUCAUUGCGUCUACUGUUCGGCAUGCGAUUUCUGCCGGGACUGCCUUGAUUGA